CCGCGUGUUGCAGCCUAUGGAAUCAACAGCAUCCUCUACCAGCGGGGCAUCUACCCCCCCGAGACCUUCACCCGCGUCCAGAAGUACGGGCUGACCCUCCUCGUCACCACCGACCCCGAGCUGAAGAACUACCUCAACAACGUGGUGGAGCAGAUGAAAGAGUGGCUGUACAGGUGCAUCGUGCAGCGCCUGGUGGUGGUCAUCUCGAGUAUCGAAAACAACGAGGUUCUGGAGCGGUGGCAGUUCGACAUAGAGUGCGACAAAGCUGCAAAGGAUGAGAGUGCACCCCGAGAAAAAUCUCACAAAGCUAUUCAGGAUGAAAUUCGUUCUGUUAUCAGACAAAUAACUGCCACAGUAACUUUUCUGCCACUGUUGGAAACUGCCUGUGCCUUUGACUUGCUGAUAUACACAGAUAAAGAUUUGGCGGUGCCAGAAAAGUGGGAAGAAUCGGGACCGCAGUUCAUAGCCAAUUCGGAAGAGGUCCGUCUUCGUUCCUUCACUACUACAAUCCACAAAGUAAAUAGUAUGGUGGCUUACAAAAAGGAUUCCUUCCCCUAAGGCGUGGGGGGUUUGUAUAUGUCCUGUCACCUUGUAUAGUUCCUGUUCAUAGCGCAGCUCAGUCUUGAACACAUGGUUACU